AUGGACGAUUUCGAUGGGCCGGGGAAAGUCAUUCGAGCCAGGGGGUUGAAGAGGGGCAAGGUCGAGGAGAGAAUAACCGAUAGGAUAAAAUUAGAAAAAGUCCUCGGAGUAACGGUGUCCAGUAAUGCAGCUCUGACAUGUGAUAAUAACGGAUUGAUAGCCUAUCCGGCGGGAUGUACGGUGGUUCUGUUCAACACCCGAACGGAACAACAAAGCCACAUAAUAAACGCCAGCCGAAAAACCAUAACGUCCUUGUCGUUUUCGGCUUGCGGGCGAUACAUCGUGACAGGAGAAUGCGGCCAUCAGCCCGCAGUGCGAGUAUGGGACCUUCAAUCGGAUCCACAAUCCGGCCAUCCGGGUCUGGCCCCGCAACCGCAGCAGGUCGCGGAGUUUUUGGUGCACAAAUUCGGCAUCAACUGCGUGGCGUUUUCGCCGACGGGGAAGUAUGUGGUGAGCGUCGGCACCCAGCACGACAUGAUCGUCAACGUGUGGGACUGGAAGAGCAACAUCAAAGUGGCCAGCAACAAAGUCAGUACGAAAGUCAAAGCUAUAGCUUUCGCCGAGAACGGCAGCUACUUCGUCACCGUCGGCAAUAGGCACGUCAAAUUUUGGUACCUGGAGCACGGCAACGCUAAAUAUAAGGAUACGGUCCCUUUGAUGGGCCGUUCGGCCAUAUUGGGUGAUCAAAGGAACAAUUAUUUCUGUGAUGUGGCUUGCGGCAGGGCCGAUUGCGCAGAUAGUACUUACGUGAUUACGCGGUCGGGUCUACUCUGCGAGUUCAAUAAUAGAAGACUUUUAGAUAAAUGGGUAGAAUUAAGGACAACAAGUGCCAACUGUAUCGCUGUAGGAGAAAAAUAUAUAUUCGUUGGAUGUGCCGAAGGUAUAAUCCGGUGUUUCGAUCCCACAACUCUUCGAUUCGUAACGACGCUUCCUCGAAACCAUUAUUUAGGCGUCGACGUCAGCAUGGGAACUAGCAUACAACACAUGGCGUCGCCUCCACCCGACGCCAAAUACCCCGACACGGUGGCCAUAACGUUCGACGAAACCAACAACAAACUCACAUCGGUGUACAACGAUCAUUCCGUCUACGUUUGGGACGUGUUCAACAUCCAGCGAGUGGGCAAAUCGCACUCGUUCCUGUACCAUUCGGCGUGCAUUUGGGGCGUCGAAAUGGCGCCGCCGAACAGUCCUCUGCCGCCCGGCAGUUUCCUCACCUGCGGCUCCGACGAUACGAUUCGCGUGUGGACGCUCGAUAAAAUCAACGAAAACAACAGCAAAGGGAUUUACCAACCGAACAUUUACAGUAACGAAUUGUUGAAAGUGGUGUACAUCGAUAAAGACCUGUCGUUCAUCAAAGACCUGGACAUCUCGGGUACGACCGAGAAGCAGGAGAACACGUCGUACGACGGCCGGAACGGCGUCCGUUGCAUCCGGAUCAGCCCGGACGGGAAGCAUUUGGCGUCGGGCGAUCGCGAGGGCAACAUCAGGAUACACGACGUGGCGACGUUGCGGGAGACCUGCAAGAUAGAGGCGCACGAUUCCGAGGUGCUGUGCCUCGAGUACUCCGAUCCGCACCUGAAUCUGAUGGCGUCGGCCAGCCGGGAUCGGCUCAUCCACGUUUUCGACAUGAAAGACGGCUACGAUUUCAUCCAAACGUUAGACGAUCAUUCGUCUUCUAUCACCGCCGUGCGGUUCCUGCACCAGGGUAGUAAUACGCAGAUGGUGUCGUGCGGGGCCGAUAAAAGUUUAAUCUUUAGGUCGCUGAGCGAAAUAAACGACAAGUACCAAUUCAAUAGAGCCCACAUCGCCACCGGUAAAACGACUUUAUACGACAUGGAAGUGGACGCCGGUCAAAAGCACGUCCUCACCGCCUGCCAAGACAGAAACGUUCGAAUCUACAGCGUCAAUACGGGCAAACACACCAAGAGCUUCAAAGGUAGCACCGGCGACGACGGGACGCUCAUCAAGGUCGUGUUGGACCGAUCGGGCAUCUAUUUGGCGACGUCGUGCACGGACAAGUCGCUGUCGGUGUACGACUACUAUUCGGGCGAAUGCAUGGCGACGAUGUGCGGCCACAGCGAGCUGGCGACCGGCCUGCGGUUCACCAACGACUGUCGCCGCCUCAUAUCGGCCAGCGGCGACGGUUGCAUAUUCGUGUGGCGGGUGCCGCACGACAUGGUGGUGACGAUGCACGCGCGGCUCAGCCAGCAGGCGAUGCGCCAGGGCAAGCAGCUCGAACAGGAGGUGUUCAGCGACGGCAGCACGUUCGAUUUCUACGAGGGCAUCAAUACCGUCGAUAACAAUUAUAGGUUUAGCAUAGGUCAACUUCCUCAAUGGGCGAAAAAGCAACUGACGGAAGAUACUAGUCAACCUUCUAGUCUGGUUAAAGGCGUGGUGCAGCCUAAAGGUAGAUGGGCGCAAAGGGCUGAAAAAUCGUUGUACAACAACCAACCGUAUCCGUUCCCGUUGCACGAGCGAAGGUUCGAUUCGGACGGGGGUUCGAAGGACAGCUCUCUGGAUAGCGGCACCGACAUCAAAUACUCGGAAUCGAGGAGCCAAAUAACGGUGUCGAAGGUGACGACGCGCAUCGAAACGAACAGGAGAGGCAUAAUGACUGACGAUAGCGCCCUGGGGGACGUCGAAUCGACGGCUCACGACGGCGACAUCGAUUCCGAUCACGAAUACAGGCAUCGACCGAUCUACUAUCCCUCACAGACGAAUUCCAAUAGCGGUAGCGAAUUUACGGUAACUAAUAUCGAUGCGGACGAGCUGCGAAAGUCCCAAAGGAAGAAGAAGAUCCCGCAGGUGGUCGUUCAGCAAGCCGCGUCCUCGACUUACGGUAGCAACGAUUCAGACGAUGAUGAUGAUGAGGCUUCGACGCCGAGCGGCGAUAACACCGAUCGAAAUCCGAUGUCGUUGUUUUCGUUGAGUUCAGAAUCAUUGGAUCAGUUGGUUAAUAGAGAAAGAUAUUUACAAUCGACGUUCGAGAGUAUGUCAGGUGGAGACGUCGAACAUCAUACGCCUACUAAUAAAACAUCAAUAUCGUCCAAAUUCUUAACGAAAACCAACGAAAGAAACCAAGAGGCCAUAAAUGCUGUCAAACAAACCAAAAACGAUCCGGACGCUUUGAGAAGGAGACAGGAGCUGAGCAAAAGAGUAGCGGAAACUAGAAAGAAAUUAGAAAGCGUCGGUCACAGCCCGUUGAAAUACAGCCAAUCGAUACACGAUCUAUCCCACAUACCGGAACGCGACAGAUGGUCCAAAAAACAAGUCUAUUUGGACGAAAGCUCACCAGAUAGCAGUUUGCGUAGGUCUUGCAGCUUGAGUGAUUUAAGUAUGCAAACUUCUACGGUGCACAAACGAAAACCCGAACAAGUAGUCUUCAAGAAACCUGCAGUACCGUCCUCGAACGGCGUGUCGAGGAACAAUUCGCGCUACGUUAAGAACAAUUCGAUGACGCGCAGCCGAUCGAGCACCGUCCUCAAUCACUCGGACUCCGAUCAGGAUUCGCAGGAGAAGAAAAUGUCCAGAUUGAUGAGGCCGACGAUCAGUUCGCACAACAAAAUCAACAACAAAUCGCUGCAGAACCGCAAGAAGCACUCCUAUUCGGCCAGUAACCUGAAUACUGUGGGAACCACUGAUAACAUAUCAACGUCGGAUGAAGACGCUCCUCCGACCGCCCCGCCGCGAAAUAGGCCGAUCUCCUUCGAUAAUGGUCCACCUUCGAUCGUGCCAAGGCGUCAUCUGAAUAACAAAGAUAAGAAUCGAGCUCUAAGACACACCAUUCAUUUCGAUGAUCACUUAACAGUAGACGCUUUCGAAUCUAGCGAAAGUUAUUCAUCCAUCGAGGUGUCGAAUCAAUUAUGCGACGAUUUGAUCGAUCAGUUGACUUCGACGGCGGAGAAAGUGGUGAAGCUGUACAACAAAAUGAGCGAGACCGACGACGCGACCGAAUCUCAAAUGGACAAGAUGGACAAAGUGAAAAUGUCGAUGAUACGGACCCACAAGAUCCUGCACGAUUGCAUACUGAGGGAAUUGAAGCAGAACAACGGCAACGCGGACGUCAAUCAAACCGAUACGGUGAAGAAAUUGAACGAUCUGGUGUCGAAGGGUCCGAGCGGCCCGAAUAACGUCAUCAACGUUAUGGAACAAUAUUCGGACAUUUUGUUGGAUAUGGUACAACAGAAGAUGCACAGCGCUAAUAUGUGA